CGAGAUUCUAGUCAAACAACAACAACAAAGUAGAACCAUCGCCUGAAGUCUGCCCACCCCUGCUAUACAUGUUUGCUCGAAGUAUUGAAUUUUGAACAUGUCCAAAAAACAUGCCAAAAAAUCCAGAAAAAAGGAUGAAACUUCAGAUCAUAAGAAGCAUGAGAAGGCAGAAAUUGCGAGUAAAGAGCAGCCAACUCAAAGGUUGGGUGGUAGUGCUGAAAGCAUGAAAAGAAAAAGGACUCCGGAUGUCAAAGAUGCUUCUAAAGUCCCCCCAAAAGAUUUCUUAAAAGAUACACAACACAUCUGUGGCACUUUAAUGCCUGCUGAGGAGCGUGAAAAGAUCACAAUGCAUUUUCAAAAUCAAGUUAAACAUGGUGGAAAGAGAAACCAUAUGGGUUUUUUAAUGACCUUCCCUAACAAGGAACACUCUGGUAAAAAUAUGUGCAGUGAGCCUGAUGUUGAAAGAAAAAAAACAGAGUCACAAGGUUUGAGGAUCCUGAAGAGCAAGGAAAAGAAGAAAAUAAAGACCAAAGCAGAGCACGUCAGAUUAAAAGAAGUAAUUGUGAAAAGUGUGCUGAAUGAGUUCAAGGAAACUACAGUACCUACAGAGUGUUCUUUACACCAUAAGAAAGAGACUUUGAAAUUGUAUGAAUUCAGUAGGAAACAGAACACUUCAAAAGAGCCACAUCCCACCUUUCCACCCGUUAAUUUCUCAGGUCCAAAAUCACACACACAGGCUUGCAGAGAAGGUACUCUUGAAAGAACCAAGCAUACUUCAUUAGCGCUACCUAGCAAAAAUGACAAAGAGAAGAAAUGCAUAUCCUUGUGUCACUUGACUGAACUAUCCAAAUGCUGGAAGUAUAAACAGAAAGGACAGUCGUCUACAGAUUCCAUCAAGAAUAUUGGUAAUUCCAGGACCCAGAGAAAUAAAUUUGAAUCCAUGGCAUUUCAUGUGAGUCAGAUCUCUAAAGCUUCAUGUUCCUCUUCCCGUGAAGCCAUUAAAGAUACUCUUGUGGACCAAGAGAUGCAGAUCGUAGAAGACUUGCAUGCAGCUCGUAUUGACAAAAAGAUGGCUUUGUCUGUAGUACAGACUUGCGGUGAGCUGACCAGAAUGGAGAUAGAUCUUCCAGAAGAUGAAACAAAUAUGUCUUCUAGAAUGCUUUCUGGCCUGAACACCUUGAUUGUGGUUGAUACUAAUAUAAUGAUCAGCCAUCUAGAAUACAUCAAGUUUUUGAAGAAUAGAGAUAUCCCAGGUAUUGGCAGAUUUGUGCUUGUAAUUCCCUGGGUGGUUUUGCAAGAAUUGGACAACUUAAAGAGAGGAAAAAUAUUGGCAAGUGUUGGGAAAAAAGCAGUCCCUGCAGUCCACUUCAUCUACAUUUGCCUGAAAAACCAAGAUCCAAAGUUGUGGGGACAAUCCAUGCAACUUGCUUCACAGAAAACACAUGGUUUCAGUGUUGAGAACAAUGACGAUCGUGUGUUGCAAUGUUGCCUGCAGUACCAGAACCGCUUUCCUCAAGCUGAAGUAGUACUGUUGACGGAUGAUAAAAAUUUAUGCAACAAAGCCCUGGUGAGUGAAGUAAAGGCAUUUAGUAAAGCAGACUUGGUUACUGCGGUGCAGAAGCUGACUCCAAAGACUGUAGUUAUAAACCAGAACAAUUCCGAUGGCCGGUCACAGUCAGUAAAAGCUUCAGGUAAACAAGGAGUCAAUAUCAAUUGUGCUUGCUUAACAGAGGCAGGAUCCAAGAAGAAUUCCAUAGACCUUCUUUCACAAAUUUUUCUUGAGUCACAAAAAAGCUUGGGAGAAGUUUUAUCUUCUAUAUUGGAAACAGAAUUGAAGAUGGCAUAUGGAGACCUGUGGACAGAGGUAGUGUAUCAUAAACCCCCAUGGACGCUAGCAAAGGUCUUGGAAUGUUAUAAAAAGCACUGGAUGGCUGUUUUUGGGAUGAUUAUAUCAAGAAGCUUUUUCUCAACCAUUGAAUAUCUAUAUGCACAUCUUUGUAAAGCUGAAAUAAUUAAACAGUCAACAAUGAAGGAGGUGCUUCAGGAAUCCAAAAUGUUAUUGGAGACAUUCAGCUCAAGAUCAAACUAUGAUGGUGUCCUUUCACAGGCCUUAGCUCAGAUGAAUGAACUGCUUGAGACUCUUGAGAAGUCAGAUGCUGGACCAAAUUCUUCAGAAACCUACAAAUCUACUCCAAGAAGUGCUGCUUGUGAAAAAAUGGAAGCUGUGACUUUGACCGAACACACCCAGGCAGGGGAUAAGUUACUGUCACCAAAGCCUUUAGCCCUAGGAAACAGGCAUAUGGAAAUCUGGUCUGUCCUUGAAAGUGUCUGGAACACAAUAAACCUAUUCAGUCUCGAGGUUUUCCAGAAGUUGGACAUCAAUUCAGUAACAACCACUCAGAAUAUGUUUUCAUUCAAAGAAGCUUUCGUAGGUCUUCAGAAGUUAAUGGCAGCAGUGAAUGAAAUCCUUGCAGGAAUCCGGCAAGUUUUAGUGACAAACAGCAGCGUUCAAGAUGUUUGGACCCUCUAUAGCUUCUUAACCAAUAAUGAGAUAAAUAAUAGUAUAAAAUUUACUGCUGAGGAGCUUUAUAACUGUGUUUCCCAAGAGGUGUACAGGGAUCGGUUAUCAAUUGGAUGUGGCCAGCUAGCUCAACUGGAACAUACUGUUAAACAGUGCUAUGAAUCUGUCUGCUUGGAAAUCAAGAACAGGGGAUGGCUCUAAUUCCAUAGUCACCUGAAUCUCCUGGAAGAAUGGUUUUCUUUUCUACUGAGCACAGCAGUCCUAUAGUUGAGCUCAAGAUGGCUUAAACAAUAUCCUUUGCUCUCUCAGCAGCUGUGUUUGAAGGCCAAACUACACAUUACAUUAAAUGUGUCAUUUGGACUUGUGUGUGUGUGUGUGUGUGUAAAUAGCAGCUGCCUGGCAGGUGCAGGGUGAUUUAGGAUUGGGAGCAAGACAAAGGUGUGUGUGUUAAAAUUUCUCUUAAGCAGCUAUUUGUGCCAGUGGCAGCUUUCCAUUCUGAUGCAAGUAGCAACUGGGAUGGAACAAUUUUAGUCAGAAGCUUGGUGGGGAGAUAUCUAAUUAAACCCCUGACCCUGUUUCUCCAAAGGGAAACCUGUGGCCCUUCAGGUGUUUUGGCCUACAACUCCAAUGCUCCCUCACCAUUGGCUAUGCUGGUUAGGGCUGAUGGGAUUUGUGGCCCUCCAGAUAUCUUGACCUACAAGUUGCCCACCCCAUGCUGUAGCUGCUAUUUACAGGGGGCGGGAGAAGAGAAAGAAACAUGCGAGGCCAAACUAUACAUAUAAUGUAAUGUGUACUUUCUCUAAAAUAAUAGUUACAGAAAAGAGAUUUAGCCUAGCAAUAAUGAUGGCUGCUCCCAUAGAGUUCCUAGUUCCUAGAGUUGGCCACUAAUCAUAACAUGACUUGACGAUGCCCCCAUAUUGCUUAGGUAUGUAAGGCACCAAUCUGCAAUAAUGAGAUCACCUUGAUGACCUCACUUAACCCAUUCCACACCCCCUCUCAAAUGCAAGGCACAACCAUGUUGCCACAAACAAAACAAAAAACCCAAUUCUCAUUGCCUCUAUUUUUUAGACUGUGGGCUCACCAGGCUAGGCAGGAGAAAGGCGAUGCCUGCAGGCAGGCAUUUGAACCCCCUGCCAGCUCAACGGCCUUUUUGCCAGCAAUGGCCACACAAGGAUGAAAGGAAUGUCAUUUCCAUCACAGCUCCAGAGUCCCAUGGUGAGGAGGUAUGCACAGAAAGCCCAUGGGAUCCCCAGCAAAAGGUCCUAAUCUGGGAAUGAUGCAUUUGGGAGGAAACAGGCUUUUUGCAAAGGAGAACAAAAGGUGCUACUUGGACAAGCAACAAUGGAAGAUAAAGCAAUGAGGUCAUGAGAAUCGAAACUGUGAAGGGGAAAUAGGGAUUUGAGUCUCACUCCAGGAAGGUGCAAAUGCAGCCUCUGUAAGCCAAAGCCUACUUGGGGAGGGCUGUGUCUGUCCGAUAUUGGCAGAAGCAGUAGAAAUCCCCACACAGUGCUUUUAACAGUACAGCCAGAAGAGGAGUGGACAGAUAACCAUAUGACAGAGCCUUUGAACUCCGACUCAUGGCAUACCCCUCUCUCCCACGCCUCCUGUUUUACCCUGACCUAGUCAUAAUAGCCCUUUAAGACUUGCCAUAAUUUUAACUCCGUGCACCGUAAUUUCUCUAUGUUGGUGUAACAUGGAAUUAACUUGGCAAAUGUAACUUUGUCCUGCCAGCAUAACUCAAGGAUACAAUUACUUUGCUUACAGUUGCAAUCCUAUGCACAUUUGCUGGGGAGUAAGUCCAAAUAAAUUCAAGAAUUUUGAGUAAAUGUGCAUAGGGUUGUGUUGUUGCAUAGUGUCAUGUGUACAGAAGAAGCUAGAAGUUUAUAUUUUUACAAUCAUUUCUUGUAAAACAUUUCUACAAGAGCAGAGUUACUGCCUGUUUUUGAAGUCUGCUCUGUAGGCUUGCCUUGAAAUUGUUCCAUUAAUUUAUGCAAGUGUAAGAAGCUCUCUUGCUUUUGCAUCUUUUUCUACUGUAAAAGGCACAAUAAGGCUUCAUCUUUUUGCUAUUUAUUGACUAAUUCUAUUGCUGCUAUUUUACUCUUUUUAGUAAAAUAAAAUAAAAUAAAUGGAGGCUCCAUACCACUGUAUGGAUGUUUCUUUAAAUAAAAAAAAAAGACUCUUUCAAAAUUAGACAAUGAGAUGUCUCAUAUAAAUAAAGGGUCACAAUUUCUGUUCAGACUUCCUACAUCCAGCAAAUGCAUGGAGGAGGAAGCAGGGUCACACCACUAAUCCUGACACCAAUGCACCCAGAUGUUCAGUGUUAGUAUUGAGGGGGCCUCUGUGUGCAAAUGAAGCCCAACCGAUUUCCAAUCGAAUUAAGCAUGUGCCCAUUUAAAAAUACUUAAUCUUGGCUGGAUAUCUGCACUAAGGUUUCACAGUAUUCGCUGCAGAGAAUGUGGCUUCUCGUUUGAAUAUAACAUAGGGCUGCAAUGACCUUUCAUUCCUUGAAACAUCGUAAUUGCAUUAAACCAGAACUUUCUUAUUGCGCUGUGUAAACAUAAGUUUGUGAGAGAUGGGUUGUUUUCUUGCUGCUCAAUGACUGGAAAGAAGGAGGGGACAAUUUCUCCAUCAAGGCUUGCUUCUACAGGUACUUUCUCCCCUCCCCCCCCCCCCCGAUUUCCUAUUUUUUGUUCACUCAGUUAUUCUGGAGAAUUCGCAUGACUUCCUUGCCAAACCAUUUUAUUUUAGUGUUUCCCCAUUUUGUCCCCUCUGUCUUUUUUGAGACCUAAUUUGUGGCAUUUUUUUGUGACUGAACAGAAUUUAUGGAUGGACCUGGAAGAAUGACUGUGAGGCAAUUGUGAUGGGGUUGCUGAUGACCCUUCUACAUUUCCAGGUUCAGUGGAUAUUGAUCUGUUCCCAUUUGGUGGUACUUCCUGCCAUAGCAUUCGGCGUGAAAAAAACAAACCGUAAUUUCAUUUUUGUGAUAAAAGGCGAGUACGUUUUUGAUAAUGGCUGCAUGUGUAAACCGUAGCUGUAAGUUGGAAAUGAUUUAAUUACAGGGCCAGUUAGGGCUGGGGUGGAUUUAUAGUACCGGUGAUCGAUAGAGGCCAGUAGCCAGAGAGAAGCAGAAGCUAGGCAGACUUUUCCUGAUUGAAGGCUGCAGACCUAAACACACGUUCUGGUGAAUAAGUCCCACUUUACUGAAUGGGAUGCCAGUCAAUGUUUUGGGAUCUUGCCUGUGAGGAUGGUUAUUACAGGAUAUUGUGGGGAAUACUGUGCUAGAUUGAAUGCCAUGUGGAACCAUCAUUUUGCAUUGCGCGAAAGUGAACGUGGAGACACAUUUAUUUAUGAAAUAAUGAAUUCAUCCUAUUUUCCUGUGCUGGUCACAUAGCUACACUCCCCACUUUAGCUAAAUGUUGAAGAAUGAAAGGGGGGAAAUAACAUUUAAAGAGUAAAAUGGAGGUGGGGCAGUACUUGGAAAGAAAUGUGAUGUGACAAGAUUAGUUAUUUGAUACAUGUCUAUAAAAGCCCAGCUAACAACUUUACAUUUCUGCUGAUUGGAUGUAAAUUGGCUGUGACUGACCAGGAAAUAGAUCUUCAUGUGGUGGCUAGUUCUGCUGUGAAAAAGGCAAAUUCCAUGUUGGGGAUCGUUAGGAAUCUAAAUUAAAGCUGCCAAUAUCAAUGCCUUUAUAUACAUUUAUAGUUGAACCACACUUGGUGUACUUUAUAUAGUGCACCUCAAAAAAGAUAUUGUAGAACUGGAAAAGGUACAGAGAAGGACAAUGAAAAUUAUUAGGGGCUGUAGCAACUCUUAUACGAAAAAGCAAAUGGUGUAUAAAAUUAUGAUUUGGAGAAAAGGGAUACAUGUUUCUCUCCCUCGUUAUGUUAAAACCCAAGCUCAUCCAAUGAAGCUAAACAGCGGGGGGUUCAGGAGAGAGAAAAGAAUGUACUCCACACAGCCCAUGGUUAAGUAUUCACUUCCACAAGAUGUAGUGAUGGUGGUACCAGCUUGGAUGGCUUUAAAAGGGGGUUAAACAAUUCAUGGAGGAUAGGGCUAACAGUGGCUGCUAGUCAUUAUUGCUAUAGAUUAGCUCCAGUAUCGGGCAGUAGGACUUCACUUGCUAAGGACACAAGAGUGGGAGGGAGCUUUUGAACUUAUGUCCUGCUUCUGGUUGGCAACUGUGUUUUGGUCUGAUGCAGCCUGGCUCUUAAAUUCUCACAUACCAGAAAAUUAUAUUUCUAGCCACUGCUUUAUAACUGCUACCUGAAUAGCAGUCUGGUAGCCUUGUGUUAUAUUCAUUUGUAUUGAAAUAGAUUUUGAAAUUAUUUGACAUUUCUAAAAUUAUUUGUAAAAUCUUAAUUCAAGGUAUUCCUUCAGUAAAUUGCAGUUCUCUGCCAAACUAAUUGUCUUAUCUUUGUUGCCUAUAUAGUACAUUCAUCAACUAUACUGUGUUGGAGUGAAACAUUUAGGUUAUUAAACUUGACACCUAGGCAACAUGAAUCUGACCCACCAUGUCCAUGCUGCUGGCCCUGCAGCAAUUUGCCAUGUAGGGGUGUAUAAUUUCCUUCACAAUGUUGUAGCUGGAGCUCUUAUUCAAAUUUCUGAACCAGCGGUAGAGCACCACGCAUGUGAGAAAUGCCCUUAAAAGUGCUGUUAAAUCUGGGCUGCCUCUAGAUAGCGCCCCAAAGUGAGAUUUCUAUAGGCAGGACUUUUCUAUACAUACUGCAGAUUAAAAAAAAGUUUUUAUUCUAUAUGUUAAACCUUUGUGUAGAUGCCUUUAUAUAGAUUGGAGAAUUUUGUGUUUCCCUGAGAGUCUCUUGCUGAUAUGUAUGAAGCCACUAUGUGUGGGGAGUAUUCCCUAUAUUUAUUUAUUACAUUUUUUAUACCGCUCAAUAGCCGAAGCUCUCUGGGCUGUUCACAAAAAUUAAAACCAUAGUAAUAUGGCAGAUGGAGGCAGAUAGUAGGAAAAACUGAAGGGUCUGUUUAGGAACCAGUCCCUCCUCUCAUUGCCCAGAUAGAUAAGAGUUCAUUAUGAUCAAAGAUCAGCAUAUAUAAAAUGUACAAUUGCAAUAAUUAUAAUUUUUUUUAAAAAUGACUUAACGUGAGUGCUGUGUAUUAGCUAAAUGGGAUAUUACUGUUUUGCCAGAAGUUUACAGCAAGAAACAGCUGCUGCAUAGACCCUGGCCUUCAUAGCUGUAGCAUGGUGGGUCCUGAUCAGAAAGAAGAGCAAAAAGUUACAUUCAGUUGAUCUGCCUGGCAUUUUUUGUAGAAUGGGUGUAAUAAAGACACAAUGAAUAUCUCGCUAAAAGGGACAAUAUAAUAGCACAUGCCCAACAGUUUCCACUUGCCCUCCAUCACAGGAGCAUGUGCAUUCAUAGUACGAUGGCAGCGCGUCUCACCUUGUAAACUAACGCCACAUUUCUAGCUCUACUCCAGAGUUCCCAAACCUGGCACCCUAAAGAGAAGUUGGACUAUAACUCCUAUUAGCCCCAGUCACCAUGGCCAUUGUCUGGGGAUGAUGGAAGUUGUGAUCAAACACAUCUAGAGGGCACCAGGUUGGGGGAGGCUGCUCUGCUCUACUUCCCUCUUCUGCAAUAGAAAACGCAAGGAAAUCACAUCAACAUUGAAUGGAGUUUCUAUUUUUUAAAAAAAUAUUUUUUCUGAAUGCUAGUCCUUUGGUAGCCAAAAUGGCGCCAUUCAGACGCAAAGAGGUCCUAGAGAUUUGUCGUUUUUGAGCCUUGGUAUCACUUGCAGGAUUUCCUUCUCAGUAAUGCCUUGAUUUAAGCUCUUGCUGAAGCCCCAUUUUGUAUACGUAUUUUCAAUCCCACCCCGAUGUGUGACAUUUUCACAAAUUUUUCUGCUGGAGUUUCCUAUAUUUUUUUCAUUUUGGAGUGCUUUGUGUUCCUAGCUCCUUUCUUUAGGGCAUUUGCUAGACGUUUUGAACUUUUCUCUCCAAAAUUAUAUUUUUGUUUCAAAAUGAGUCAAGUUGCAAUUUUUUGUACUUCUGCCUCUAGCUUUUUGAUUUCUUAGAUGAUCCUUGAACACACUAGUGGAGCCUCUGUAUUUUAUGAAGCUGUUCUAACUUGGCUACUUCUGCUCCCAACUUCUUAUGCCUGGCUUCAUUAGAUCUAAGGGCUGCCCUCUGGCUUAUAUAGGAGACAUAGAUUACUGCCUUCAUGGCAUUCCAGAUUGUGGUUGGUUAGGUUCCCCAGCAUAUUGAAUUGGAAUUAUUGUUGUAUAUCUUCCCACAUCUUGUCACUAGUGUCUUCCUACAAUAAAAUGAGUGUAUAUGUGUAUAUGGAAGGCUGUUGCACAUUGAUAUUAAAUAUGGUUAUAACAGGGCUGUGGUCUGAAACUCUGGAGCUCCCAGUCCCUGAGUCUGUUAUGGAACCACCACUGACAAUAUCUUUGCAUUGUCUAAAUAAGCUUACCAUCACAAGCAUUUUAACACACAUAAGCAUGACUUGAGAUCUUCACGUCAUCAAGGUCUCUGUCUCCACUUGCAAUCUCCUAUUCGUUCUCUUCCACUAUUUUCAGCAAUGGUAGAUCAUUGGUGCUCUUGCAUCUUGCUAGGAACAGGCACCUUUCUUUCAGGACUGUGGUAGUUGGACUACAGCUCCCACCAUCAGCCUUGCUUGGUAGGGCUGAUGGGUGUUGUAGUCCAACAUUUGGAGAGCAUCAUGUUCCUCAUCCCUUCACCACCAGCAGCUAAACUGCAGGCUUGCUUUAAGGAAAAGCCAAACUUCCUCCACUGAAAGCUUGGUAGAAUGUUGUGUCUUAAACACACUAUACAGGCACAGAACAUAUAGCACACUGCAAGUUACAAGAACUUAAUAUUGUUGGUAUGUUUCUGCUAGGCUUCCUAGCAUAAACAAUGCAAGCCUAGAUUAGUUGUGGGUGACAGUUUUUUUUAAUCAAACUCAGAAUGUGUAAGCGGUAAUAGCAUUUGCUAGUUUCAUGGUAUCAGACAUGGUUAAUGAUGGGAAGAAAUUGUUCAUAAGGGGGAGACAGCAUAAAGCCCAUAUAUGUCCUUGGACCUGGCCAUGCAGCUCAGGGAGGGUUUUAGUCUGGAAAAAUAUAUCUCAGUCACAGCAUGGAUAGAACGUAAAGAAAGGUGCCAUACAAGGUAAAGAAUGCUGCUUAAUUUAGGGCACAAUACUAUGCACAUUUAGACAGAAAAAAGUAUUUUGUCUACACAUGGCUAGGAUGGCAUGUUUAUAGUAUUUAGGGCGCCUGUAAGUUUAGAAAAGGUGUGUUUAAACAUCUUUCAUUUUAAUCUCUGCUCAGAUUUUCUCAAAUCAUUUUGGUUAUGUGCCUAAUAAAAAUGUUUUAAAAAUCAAA